AUGCUCCCUAUCGAAGCCGCCGAGUCCUUGGAGCGAGCAAUUGACGACCUAGACAAUCCGCCCGAAUACAGCUCGAACGCGAUAUCGUCAGCACCGCCUCUCUCCCGUGAAGAUCUGGAGACCCGUAUCAUCCAUCUAUGGAAGACUAUCUGGCUGGGUCUGUACAAAGUGAAAGACACUGAGGGCCCCUCGCACUACGAAUGGCUGCAAGCCCUGUCUCGAGGAGCGAAUUUCGGCAACUCGUAUGGGGUGUUGGGAUCUUUGAAUCGCCAUUUCCUACAGUAUAGCAGCAUCAACGGCAUGGCCUCGUUGAAAAUAUUUGAUAACAUGCCGAUGUCUACGCUUAGGUGUGUCGUUGAUAUCUUAGAAGCGUAUGAAAGCGAGAUCCCGAAUCUCGAGCAACUUUAUUCGGUCCUGCGUCAGGCGCAGAUUGGCCUGCAUCAGAGAGUCGAUGAGAACGGCAAGGAUGACGCCCGGAAAGCUAUUUUAAAGAAGCGGUAUUUGGCUAUUGCUGAGCCGAUGGGAAGAAGACUUGCGCACUAUGAUAAUCGUAUGGAUGUCUUGGCCAUCGACAUGUAUGAGGAGGCGGCGACGCUGCGGGGAGAUGGUUCGAGAGAUACGGGACAGCAUGUUUACUAUAGAGCAUUUCCGUGCUGCUGGUGA